GGGUCGGGGUGGCGGCAGCAGCCUGGGCCGCGAGGUUGACACCUGCUGCUGCAGCGGCAGAGGCUGAAGGACCCACCGCGGUGCUGUCGCCGGAGAGGGAGGGCUCCGCUGCCGUCGGUGAAACCAGCCCAGAGAAGUUAUGGGAUUUGCCCCCGGGUCUCCUGCCCAGCAAGCCAGUGUCAUGACCCAGGUGUGGGGGAUGAUGGUGACACCUCUCACUCACGUGUGAAGGAUGGAACUGCUGGACUCCAGGUUCCUUGCUGGGGGCUGAGCGUGGCCUGAGGGACAGGCCCUGGGUCCCGGGAUGCCCCUGCCCGAGCCCAGCGAGCAGGAGGGCGAAAGUGUGAAGGCCAGCCGGGAGCCAUCCCCCGAGCCAGCCACAGACGUCGUCCGGGCGGCCCCCAGGAAGCCCAGGGAGUUCUCCAAACUGGUCCUGCUCACAGACUCCAACCAAGAUGAGGAUACGGUGGGAUCCAAGCCCCAGGAAGUGCACUGCGUCCUGUCCCUGGAGAUGGCUGGCCCCGCCACCCUCGCCAGCACCUUGCAGAUCCUGCCAGUUGAGCAGGGAGGGGUGGUCCAGCCAGCCCCGCAGAUGCCUGAACAGAAGUGCAGCAAGCUGGACACAGCAGCCCCUCAGCCCCUGGAGUUCCUGAGGACACCAUUCGGGGGCCACCUCCUGGUGCUGGAGUCCUUCCUGUACAAGCAGGAGAAGGCUGUGGGGGACAAGGUAUACUAGUGCCGCCAGCAUGCUGAGCUGGGCUGCCCGGGCCGGGCCAUCACCCGAGGCCUGCGGGCCACAGUGAUGCGGGGCCAUUGCCAUGCGCCCCAUGAGCAAGGCAUGGAGGCCCGGCGCCAGAGGGAGAAGCUGCCCAGCCUGGCCCUGCCAGAGGGCUUGGGAGAGCCCCAGGGUCCUGAGGGCCCUGGAGGCCGAGUGGAGGAGCCACUGGAGGGGGUGGGCCCGUGGCAGUGCCCUGAGGAGCCAGAGCCAGAGCCCACUCCUGGGCUGGUGCUGAGCAAGCCAGCCCCGGAGGAAGAGGGACCCCGAGCCCUGUCACUGCUGAGCCUGCCGCCCAAGAAGCGCUCGAUCCUGGGGCUGGGACAGGCCCGGCCCCUCGAGUUCCUGAGGACGUGCUACGGGGGCAGCUUCCUGGUACACGAGUCAUUCCUCUGCACGCGGGAGAAGGCUGUCGGGGACAAGGUGUAUUGGACCUGCCGGGACCACGCGCUGCGCAGCUGCCGGAGCCGGGCCAUCACCCAGGGACAGCGGGUGACCGUGAUGCGUGGGCACUGCCACCAGCCCGAUAUGGAGGGCCUGGAAGCCCGGCGGCAGCAGGAGAAGGCCAUGGAGACGCUGCAGGCUGGGCAGGACGGCCCUGGGAGCCAAGUGGACACGCUGCUCCAAGGUGUGGAUAGUCUGCUCUACCGCAGGGGUCCGGGUCCCCUGAUUCUCACCAGGCCUCAGCCCAGAAAGCGAGCAAAGGUCGAAGACCAGGAGCUGCCAAUCCAGCCCGAGGCCCCAGAAGGAUCCCCAGACGAGGACCAGGACAUGGACGCAGACCCUGGAGGCCCUGAGUUCCUGAAGACGCCCCUGGGGAGCAGCUUCCUGGUGUACGAAUCCUUCCUCUACCGGCGGGAGAAGGCGGCCGGGGAGAAGGUGUAUUGGACCUGCCGGGACCAGGCCCUCCGCAUGGGCUGCCGCAGCCGCGCCAUGAUCCAGGGCCGGCGGGUCAUGGUCAUGCGCAGGCACUGCCACCCACCGGACCUGGGCGGCCUGGAAGCCCUGCGGAAGCGGGAGCACUUCCCCAACCUGGCGCAGUGGGACAGCCCAGAUCCUCUCCGGCCCCUGGAGUUCCUGAGGACUUCCCUGGGGGGCAGGUUCCUGGUACACGAGUCCUUCCUCUACAGGAAGGAGAAGGCGGCUGGGGAAAAGGUGUACUGGAUGUGCCGGGACCAGGCUCGGCUGGGCUGCCGCAGCCGCGCCAUCACCCAGGGCCACCGCAUCAUGGUCAUGCACAGCCACUGCCACCAGCCUGACCUGGCGGGCCUGGAGGCCUUGAGGCAACGGGAGCGGCUCCCCACUGCUGCCCAGCAGGAGGACCCAGAAAAGAUUCAAGUUCAGCUGUGCUUCAAGAUGUGUUCUCCUGAAAGCCAGCCGAUUUAUGGGGACAUCAAAGACGUCAGACUGGAUGGCGAGUCCCAGUGAGGCGAUGUGGGCAGAGGAGCUCUGAGCCGCCCACCCGAGGUGGCUUCACAUCCACACAGGCACUUCCCAUCCACUUAGGUUUGGCUUGGCAGAAACUUUUCAUUCUUCCAAAGCAUCGAUGGUCUUCGCAUCUCCUCAGGAGGAAUUCUUGGAUGGUGUCCUUGUGUUGGCGGAGAACAGUGCUCAGAGCUGGCGCUUGCAGACGCAGCUGUCGUGGGGCAGGGCGGUGGCGCCUUCCUGACCUUUGGAAGACGUGACGAAGCUGCCUGGACACGGACGCCCCUGCUGUCCGGCCACAGCACCCCUGGGUUUGCAGAGCACGCAGCCUUCCCAGGGCUUUCCACCUGGCGAGGCCCUGCUCUGCUCAGCACGGUGCAAAGUGAAUGCCCCUGUCUUGGAGCCUGGGCACGUUUGGAGAACUUCCUGCUUCAAACUGAGCUGCCCCGCAUAGGCCAGGUCAAGCCACACCAAUCUUUUCUGGACAGGUGCUGGGUAGGCCUUCCUGGUCUCUGGCCGCCUGCUGCCAGGGUGCGGCCAUCCCCAGCAACCUGAGCCGGCCAAACCAGAGGCCUCGCUCCGCGCUCCACACUUUCCUUUCUGUGCUCCUUCCAAGUUAAAUUAAACCCCCUCUCCACGAUUCCCAUGGCAGGCGUCAUUCCCCGAGAUGGGAGCCAGCCCAGGGGUCAGCAGGAGCCAGUGCUGGGCACACGUGCCCAGACUGAGGCCAGCGGCAUCCUGGGUGGCCCAGGUCCAUCCUGGGCAGCAGAGGCGUGUCCCCUUCUGUCAAGCAGCUUCACAGAGUGUGGCUUCGCCAGUCAGAGGGAGCAGUCCGAAGAGGCAAGAUGACCCCACCGGGACUGCAGAGCCUCCUGCUUACUAACAAGGACCUGUCCUCAGCCGCGAGGUCCUUCGCUCCCACCCUGUAAUUGUGGGCGGAGUGCCAGCAACAGGCCUGUCCCCUGGCAAGUUGGCCACGGAGCCCACCAUCCACUGCAAGGCUAUGACAGCCCGGGCACCCCUGCUUCUCCUCUGCUUGUACGGUUCCCCCAGUAAAUCCUAUUUUCCAACUCAAAAAAAAAAAAAAAAAGAAAAGAAAAA